AUGGAUGAGAAAGUAUCUCUUUGGUAUGAUAUCGAGUCUUUUCGAUGUAUGCCUAAGAGUGAUCAGUGCAACACGCAGCCCUCAUCCCGGAAGCUUCUUCAGCAGAUGGUAACUAUCGGAGGAGACUCACAACUGGACAACGUGCAGAAAAUGAGAGACCUCAAAACACUCAGCCUGAAUGUGGAUGUUUCCAUAACAUUCCACAAAAUGCCCAAACGAACUCACGGAGACUGUGCUCUGCGCAAAGUCAUGGCUUUCUUACCUGCUUCCGGUGUGGCUGCUGUGAACAACUCUGACACUCGCAUGACAGGCUGCCUCCUCACCGGCAUCCCUGGGCUGGAGCACCUACAUAUGUGGCUGUCCAUCCCCUUCUGUAUUAUGUACAUAGCUGCCCUGGUAGGCAAUGGCGUUCUCAUCUGUGUCAUCCUUUCCCAGUCAAGCCUCCAUGAGCCCAUGUACAUAUUUCUGUCUAUGCUGGCCAGUGCUGAUGCCCUGCUCUCCACCUCCACCAUGCCCAAGACCCUGGCCAACUUCUGGCUAGAUUCUAGCCACAUCUCCUUUGACGGCUGCCUGACGCAGAUGUUCUUCAUUCACUUCCUCUUCGUGGCAGACUCUGCUGUCCUGCUGGCCAUGGCUUUUGACCGCUAUGUGGCAAUAUGCUCUCCUCUGCGCUACACCACCAUCCUAACAAGGCAGGUCAUGGGAAAGAUCGCUGCUGCUAUCCUGACACGCAGUUUUAUAAUCAUGCUCCCAUGUAUCUUUCUCCUCAAGCGGCUGCACUACUGCCGGAUCAAUGUCAUUGAGCACACAUUUUGUGAGCACAUGGGUAUCGCCCGGCUGUCCUGUUCUGACAUUUCCAUUAAUGUCUGGUAUGGGCUGACAGCUGCUCUUCUCUCUACAGGCCUGGACAUCAUCCUCAUCGCUGUUUCCUAUGUCCACAUCCUCCGAGCGGUAUUCCGCCUCUCUUCCCAAGAAGCCCGGUCCAAAGCCCUCAGCACUUGUGGAUCCCACGUCUGUGUCAUCCUGCUGUUCUAUAUCCCAGCCCUCUUCUCUGUCUUUGCCUACAGGUUUGGUGGGAAACACAUCCCACGCUAUGUCCAUAUCCUGCUGGCCAACCUCUAUGUGGUCAUCCCGCCUAUGCUUAAUCCUGUGAUUUAUGGAGUAAGAACAAAGCAGAUACUGGAAGGAGCUAAGCAAAUGUUUACAAAUAUCACCAAGGAAAUUAAGUAA